CUCGUUUCAUGAUUGAAACCGAAAUAACUGUUUUUGCGCUUGUGAACCAAAAUAGUGACUGUUUCCAUCCGACCGACCGCAGUCGCCCGCUCCGUUCAAUAUUCCGACGUCACUACCAUGAACAGCGAUGAAUCUUUUGCAGCGCUCGUCAAUACCGCCAAUCCAGCAGCGUCCGGAUACCAUCAGCGACACUCCAACAACCCAUACAUCCAUUCAGAUUCUAAUACUACUCCGUCUGGUUAUCCUCCUUUACAACACCCAAAUCUCAUGGAUCCCUUCUUUGACGAUGACGACGACGACGCUUCUCACUCCAAUUUUGCUAUGUACUCUGCUCCCAGAUCAAUGCAGUCACAGGAGAGCGGUCUCCCUCUCGCUCGCUCAGCGGCACCCCCAGCUGGCAUAGGAGCAUCUUCUGCUUCUCUUGCAACUUCACCUAACGGACAACCACAAGGCUGGGCAUUUGACGAUGACGCUCUGUCACCCGCGUUCUCACCUAGCCCUGCCUUCCCAGGGGAACCAUCCUCAACACCACUCCGCCCGCUCAAGCGACGCAGAAGGUGGAAAUGGCCCUGGCAGAGGGACAAGGAAUUUACUGGCGAACGCAUAAUCACUCUCAACAACCCACUCAUGAACGACGACUAUUGCUCAAACUUUGUGUCUACGAGCAAGUACAACAUGGUCACAUUUCUUCCCAAGUUUCUUACCGAACAAUUCUCGAAAUAUGCCAAUUUGUUCUUUUUGUUUACAGCGUGCAUCCAGCAGAUUCCCGGUGUAUCGCCCACGAACCAGUAUACUACUAUCGCACCCCUGGCCGUGGUCCUCCUCGCUUCCGCAUUCAAAGAAGUUCAAGAAGACCUCAAACGACACCAAUCCGACUCCGAGCUCAACGCGCGACUUGGCAAGGCGCUCUCCGGGAACGCUUUCGCCGCACGGAAAUGGAAAGACCUGUGCGUAGGCGACAUUGUGCGCGUGGAGUCAGAUGAAUUCAUCCCAGCCGACCUGGUACUCAUAUCCUCGAGUGAGCCCGAGGGAUUGUGUUACAUAGAGACUUCCAAUCUUGACGGCGAGACCAACCUCAAAAUCAAACAAGCUUCCCCUCAAACUUCCUCGCUCACCUCCCCAUCCCUCGCAAGUGCUUUGCACGGUACAUUGCGGUCAGAACAGCCGAACAACUCAUUGUACACAUACGAGGGAACGUUGGAACUGUUGAGCGAUAUGAAUGUACCGAAGACGGUGCCGUUGGGCCCAGAUCAGAUGUUGUUGAGGGGCGCGCAGUUGAGAAAUACGCCGUGGGUAUAUGGGAUCGUAGUGUUCACAGGCCAUGAAACGAAGCUCAUGCGAAAUGCAACUGCGGCACCGAUCAAACGUACGGCAGUCGAGCGCCAAGUUAACGUCCACAUCAUCUUCCUCUUCGUCUUCCUUCUUGCUCUCUCACUCGGGAGUACGAUCGGCGCCAGCAUCAAUACAUGGUUCUUGUCCGGCCAGCAAUGGUAUUUAGCGGAGCCAAGCACAUUCACCGGCAAGGCAAAAGCAUUUAUUGAAGACAUCCUCACCUUUAUCAUCCUCUACAACAACCUCAUCCCGAUUUCCCUCAUCGUCACCAUGGAGGUCGUCAAAUUUCAACAAGCCCAACUUAUCAACGCCGAUCUAGACAUGUACUACGCGCCCUCGGACACACCUGCGCUCUGCCGGACCAGCUCGCUCGUGGAGGAGCUCGGACAGAUCGAGUUUGUAUUUAGCGAUAAAACGGGGACGCUGACGAGGAACGAGAUGGAGUUUAAGAAGUGCUCGGUUGCAGGGGUUCCGUAUGCUGAUGUGGCGGAGGAAGGUGGGGAGGAGGAGGAGGGUACGAGGACAUUCGAGGAGCUGCGGGGGAUAUUGUACGGGGAUGCAGGGAAGCCAGUUAGUGCGGGGGCGAUCGAGGACAGGGAGCGGGAGGCAGCUAGGGAGUUUAUGGCAUUGUUAGCGGUGUGCCACACGGUGAUACCGGAGGUGAAAGACGGGAAGACGCAUUAUCAGGCCAGUAGUCCAGAUGAGGCGGCGCUAGUGGCAGGGGCGGAAAUGUUGGGGUAUCAGUUUCACACUCGCAAACCCCGCUCUGUCUUUCUCUCAAUCAACAGCACCCCCGCCGAGUACGAGAUCCUCAAUGUGUGCGAGUUCAACUCGACGCGCAAACGUAUGUCGACAAUCGUACGUACGCCCAGCGGUUCGAUCAAGCUUUUCUGCAAGGGCGCAGACACCGUCAUCCUCGAACGCCUCGCCAAGUCACAGCCGUACACCGAGAAGACACUCAUUCAUCUUGAGGACUACGCAACUGAAGGCUUGCGCACUCUUUGCGUCGCCUACCGCGACGUUCCAGAGGCCGAAUACCGGCAGUGGGCCUCUAUAUAUGAGCAAGCAGCUGCAACGAUCAACGGACGUGCGGACGCUCUUGACAGUGCGGCAGAGUUGAUUGAGAAGGACAUGUUUUUACUCGGGGCGACGGCUAUUGAGGAUAAGCUCCAGGAUGGCGUGCCAGAUACGAUACACACGUUACAAAUGGCUGGGAUCAAGAUCUGGGUGCUUACGGGUGACAGGCAAGAAACUGCUAUCAAUAUCGGCAUGUCCUGUCGGUUGAUCUCGGAGUCUAUGAACUUGGUCAUCGUCAACGAAAAUAACUCGCGUGACACUGCAGAUUUCAUCCAGAAGCGACUUUCGGCGAUAAAGAAUCAGCGGAGCACAGGAGAGCUCGAAGAUCUGGCUCUGGUUAUAGACGGAAAAAGUCUAGGUUUUGCACUCGAGAAAGAGCUCUCAAAGUCAUUUCUGGAGCUCGCGCUCAUGUGUCGCGCAGUCAUCUGUUGCAGAGUAUCUCCACUACAAAAAGCUCUCGUUGUCAAACUUGUCAAGAAGAACCAGAAAAGUAUUCUCUUGGCCAUUGGUGACGGUGCGAACGAUGUGAGCAUGAUCCAGGCAGCGCAUGUGGGUGUGGGUAUCUCUGGAGUCGAGGGUCUACAAGCCGCGCGGUCUGCGGAUGUAGCAAUUUCACAGUUCAGAUUUCUCAAGAAGCUAUUGCUGGUUCAUGGCGCAUGGAGUUAUCAGAGGUUGUCGAAGCUCAUUCUUUACUCAUUUUACAAGAAUAUAACGCUCUACAUGACACAAUUUUGGUAUUCCUUCUUCAAUAAUUUCUCAGGGCAGAUUGCCUACGAGUCAUGGACGAUAUCGUUUUACAACGUCAUCUUUACUGUCCUCCCCCCUCUCGUCAUCGGCGUGUUCGAUCAGUUCGUAUCUGCGCGGAUACUAGACCGCUACCCGCAACUAUAUGCUCUUGGGCAGAAGAACGUAUUCUUUACGAAGACGGCAUUCUGGCUCUGGGUUGGCAAUGCGCUGUAUCACAGUCUCAUUUUGUUUACGUUUACUGUGAUUUUGUUCUGGGGAGAUUUGAAGCAGUCGACGGGGUUGGACUCUGGGCAUUGGUUCUGGGGUGCGAUGCUUUACCUGGCUGUCCUGCUCACUGUUCUUGGCAAGGCCGCUUUGGUUUCUGAUUUGUGGACAAAGUACACUGUUGCUGCGAUUCCCGGGUCGUUCGUUUUCACUAUGCUCUUCCUUCCUUUAUACGCCGUUGUUGCCCCUGCCAUUGGAUUCUCUAGCGAAUACUACGGACUUGUUCCUCGUCUAUGGACUGACGCCGUGUUUUAUUUUGUCCUCCUCCUCGUACCCAUCGUCUGUCUGACUCGUGACUUUGUUUGGAAAUACUACCGACGGACUUACAUCCCUCUUCCGUAUCAUAUCGCUCAAGAGCUACAAAAGUACAACAUUCCUGACUACCGUCCGCGCCAGGAACAAUUCCAAAAAGCAAUCAAGAAAGUCCGCGCCGUCCAGCGCAUGCGCCGGAACCGCGGAUUCGCAUUCAGUCAGACGGAGAACGGGCGUCAAGAUCAGGCGAAACUCAUUCGUGCAUAUGAUACAUCCAAGUCAAGCGCACGACCGUCGGGAUAUUAGACACGAGAGAGAGUCAUUUGCUUGAUCUGUCAUUCAUGGACUGUAUUGUAUAACUGGGACUAAUUCAAACACCAGCAUCUCGCCAUUUGUAGAAUGAUUCUUCAACGGAUUUUUUAUUGUGUUUUUGUUUUCAUUCGACGGUGAUGGGAUGACGUUGAAACACUGCCCAGUUCUUGAUUCGCUGCCGAGACAAGCAAGGGAUGGAAAAUUCCUAUCGAGGAGCGCAUUUGUCCUCUGGGUAGUGAAAAUUCAACUAGGGAGGCAAAUAACAGAGAGGUUGGUAUCUUGACCAGCAAUGAACCAUCGUGC